AAUCCACGUAUAUAGAAAAAGCACCCGAAAACAAAACUGAAGUUAUCCAAAUAAUCCUCUAAACCCUCGACAACUUCGGUUACACCCAAACAAUCUAAUAACUCCAACAAGAAGCAAACAUAUGACUCGAAAACAACCAAAUAAAAUAAUUCAAGACCCUUAUAUAAAAUGGUGAUUUCUAAAAUUCAAUUGAAUUUGCAAAUAACUUCCAAUUUUCCUCCCCUUAAGACCAUAUUAGAUGUAAAUUUUUAAUAUACCGCCAAUAAUAUUUCGAAUAUAUACAAGCCCAAAAUUUCCAACAAGCCGUAAUCCUCCUUUAAGGUCAUUUAAAAGAAUACACUGAAAAUUCGCCUUAAGAUCUUUAAAAGCUACCCCCAUUACUAAUCUAUAAUAAGGAAAAUGAAAUACAGUCUAAAAUAUCCUAAAUAAUAACAAAUAAUAAUACAAAAAAUCCUCCAUUAAAUAACUCAGUCUAAGAACAGCGAAAAAUACUCCUCUAAGACAUCUAAAAAUAGACUAAUCCCCAAUAAUUUAUUUGCAUAAACAACCGAUUAAACUAAAUAGUCAAAUAAGCCAAAUCCUAUUAAAUUUUAACAUGUAAAAUACACUCCAAAAUUGACCCAGAUUUCUCCAUUAUAGAAAAUCAUAAAUGUUCUCCCAAUUUUUUGCCUUAAACUGUUCUUUUUUCUUCCUAAAUACAUUAAAAUGAAGUCUGGCAUGCCCAAUUUUCUUCCAAUGGCUUGUUUUUGGCCACUAUAUCAUACACUAAUAAAAUGUCAUAACUUGCCUAAAAUGGUUCCCUUAAAACAACUCUAAGAUAAUCACCUGUUCAGAGGACAAAAGUAUAAAAGUCUGGUCUAUUCAAGACUAAAAAAUACUCGAAAAAUAUACUAUAUCACACGAAACUUCAAUCAUUAUAAACAACAUAAUAAUUCAAUAAGACGGCAAAAAGCUUCUUUUUAGUGGUCUAGAAAAAAGCCUUUAUUAGUGGACUUUCGAGGAAAAUGUCUUUGA